UCUACGUCCCUUCCCAAAAAGGAAGGCACUCAAAGUCAGGCUCCAAGGUCAGGUCGCCCGCCAUUUACUUUCUGCUCUCGACUGUCUUGCUUCUUCCCUUUAUCCAGUCUCUCGUUUACUGCAUCUCUUAAUUCUCGUUAUACUACAAGGCUAGUUACCAUUCGUUAAAGUUAUCUUCAUCCAUCAGUCGUUACCCUCAUACCAUACGCUCUCAUGUCUACAGAACCAUUCCCGCAACUGCAUAUGCAAACAGGCGAGUAUCAUCGACCUUAUCGGCUCCAGGAGCCCUUUCCAAGAUUCUGUGUCCUCCGGCCCAACGAGGAACGUGUUCCGCUCAUCGCUCUUGACGAACUGCCCCGGUGGGUGCAACUCGUGCGCCCCUGGGAAAAGAACGAAUAUGAGUCUUUUUACCCGUCCAUGAUCCCCGUCACCUGGAUUAAACUGCCCAGAACUGGAGAGUACGAUGUGAUUUGCUCCUAUUGCUCGGCCAGCAUCGAUAGCGUCAUCCAGCGUACCAUCUCCCAGCAUAGUGACAAACCGGCCUCUCCUUUGCCAGCAUACGCCGAGACCCAGACCUUUCCAGGGGGGUUCCCAACCGCUGUUCUUCGUCGCUCUGUGCCCACGUCCCAUAAUCUGUCAUAUUCUACCUCCUUGACGCAGCCCCCCUUUCACGCACAACUGCACAGCCCGUUCAUCGGCAUGUGCCUCGUCGAUCUUCACCUCCCUGACAUCUCAUUCGAUUUCGACACGGUGAUUGGACAACCACAGGUACCGCAGAUAACGUCCCCAGAGGGCAAGGAAGAAACCAACGUGAAGCCUGUCCUGACUCUCAACCCGGAGGCAAAUGCCUUCAGCCCCUCGAGCCCUUCGGAGAGGUUCGGACCACACAGCUUCCCAUUAACUCCAACGAGCGAAGCCGGUCAGGAACUUCUCAUUGAAGAUACCAUAGAGGCCGUGACAGUUGAAGCUCUCUUCCCUCUGUUGACGGAGAGCAGCACGGCUUCGGACCCGGGCCAGCCACUCCCUGACAGCACUGAUACAUCUGUAGAAGUGCUGGCGGCAGACGUUGAGAACAGCCAGUUGGAACCCAAGUCGAUUCCUAAGGAUACCGAGAUGCAGAUUGCAGACGUUACCACUGCUAAACCUCGGCGGUCCAGACGACGCAGACGGGUCAGGAAGCCUGGGCAUGUCAGAAAGGCCAUUCGGGCCAAUCGUCUCCGUGAGGGUGCAGAACGGCAACCGGUGGAUUCAUACUACUCUAGACGGCAGUGGAGGGUGAAGAUGAACCGUGUCAACACAGACAGUGCAAACAGGAGAGUCCUGGUGAGGCGUUGAGGUAUUCGAGAUGUUAUUCUUAUCCACAGUCACCAUGUCUUUUGGCUUCUGAAUUUCCACAGGAUUUGUUUGUUUAACGACGAGUAUGCUGUAUACUUAACUAGAAUAGAGGCCAGGUCAGGC